ACUCACUUCAGUUUGUUUCGAUAUGUCAAACGCGACGGAUGUGUACAACGGUCGAUGUAUUCUUUUAACGACGGACGCGUGAUGUUGUUACCGUAAUUAUUACAAUUUCGAUUUUGGUUUUUUUUUUUUGUGUUUUAUUUUCUUGGAGCGACCCACAAGAAUUUUGAUUUGUUUUGAGUGGCAAGAAAGAAAGGCAGGAACUAACAACCUAAUUGGAAACUGCAAAUAUAAAUUUUUGGAGAUACAAAAUUCGCGAGUGAUUGUUGAAAUAAUAACGAAAGAGAGCCCAAAAAGAGAGGUCAACCUAAAUGUACAAGUCCUUGGAUUAAACAAAAAAGAAAAUAAUACUAAUAAAUAUCUAUAAAAGAAAAUAAAGAAAGAAAUUAUUAAGUGUACACAAAUUGUAUAGAAGUGUGGAUAUAAAACAAAACUCAUCUUUUGGGAUUGCUGUGGAAUUUUUUGUGAAUAAUUACUUAAAAUCUCUUCAAAAUCUAAAAUAAACCAUUCUUGAUAAGCACUCAAAUCUGUAAAAACUUUCCGCAAUCAUCAAGGAAGCCAAAGCAAAAUAUUCACACAUGUUUCUCACCUCAGAACGCAAUGGAAUAGCGUUCACGACGAAAAACAUAACGAAUCGUAGAUCCAAAAGUCAAACGAAAGAUUGGCAACGAAAAUAACUGCAAAAUUAGAUAAAAUCAUCCCGCCUCGAAAUCUCCCACACAUACACAAAAAAAUGCAUCGCAAAACAACACCUAGAAGAUAUCGCAUUCUAAACAGCCUUAUCACAUAUUUUGUGAUAUGUGGUUGCUUGACCGCCAGUAUGCCCUCAUCCAAGGACUCUAUGCUGCUGGCCGAUUCCGAGGAAGAUGUCUUCAGUAAAUUUGAAGAUGUAAGCGAUGAAUUGGAUGGUGAGGAGGACAUACGAAUAUCGAAGAGUGAAAAUCCCAAAUAUCCACACUGGAAUAAAUUGGUGGAUGUGGAUGGUUCAUAUCCUGAUAACACGGAUGUUUUCACUGGGGGCAAGGCCCCUUUGGCGCCAGCCUUUCACCCGGAUGAGUCGCUGGGUCAUUCUGGUGAAGCUGCCUCCCCCAAUGGCAAUAGCAGCAGCAGCAGCAGUGGUGUGAAUGGUGGUGGUAAAAGUGUCAUUGCCGCCGGAACUCUAGACGAAAUUUUCACUGGAAAACUGGGAGCCUCCGAGACGGGGGUGACACCAAUCUUUCUCAACGAACCAGAAAGCGUUUAUGUGGUUAAAAAUCGGCCAGCCAUACUAAAAUGUAAAGCAGCCCAUGCCCUGCAGCUGCAUUUCAAAUGUAGCGGCAGUUCCCAACCGCCGCCCUCAACACACGACAAGCACGUGGAUCCUCACACAGGGGUGCAUUUGGAGGAAGUCACUGCGACCAUACACCGUGACCUGGUGGAUGAAUACUUUGGCAAGGGUCCCUUCAAGUGUGAGUGUCAUGCCUGGUCCUCAAGGGGUGUUGUCAAAAGUCAGGCGGCCACUGUCAACAUCGCAUAUAUGCGCAAGCAAUUUGUCACUUCGCCCACAUCGUUGCGCGUGGAGGUGGGCACUCGUGCCGAAUUGUAUUGUGAGCCACCCAACGGCUUCCCCUUGCCCACCGUCAGUUGGUAUAAGAAUAAUGUGCCCAUCACCGAGAAUAAGGAUAUUGGACCAACAGUCUCGGCCACGGGCACACUGACCUUUCGCCAGGUCACUCUCCAGGAUAUGGCAAACUACACUUGUGUUGCAGAAAAUAUUGCUGGCAAACGUAACUCUGAUUCUGCGGUGCUCAUUGUUUAUGUCAAUGGUGGCUGGAAUGCCUGGAGUUCUUGGCGUGAAUGCAAAUGUCCUGGCAAACCAGCUCAGGGUCGCAAACGUGCACGUAUGUGUAAUAACCCCAUACCCAUGAAUGGUGGAGCGGAAUGCACGGGUCCUCAAGUACAAAAAUCCGUUGAUUGUAUCCCAUGCCCAGAUGAGACACAAAUUGUCAAUACCGAAGGUUUUGAUAUGGCACCAGCUGUCAAAAGAACGGGACGUUGGUCGGCCUGGAGUGAAUGGAGUUCAUGCUCCUCUGAAUGCAUACAAAUAAGACGCAGGAAAUGUCAAACAACCGGUAGUGGCAGCAGCAUUCUAGUGAAUGACGAUGAUGAUGAUGAAGACGAUGAGGAUGAUGAUGAUGAUGACGAUGAUGAUGUUAUUGCAACUGGCCUGGGCAUAAAGCUGGGCGGUCUAAGUAGUGCUGGUUUGGUUGGCGGCCUAGGCAAUAGUGGCAUUGGCUCCAGCGGAAGCAGUGCUAGCGGUAGCUCCAGCGCCAUAGGUCCUGUAUUGGGUGGAGGCGUUGGCACUGGAGUUGGAGGCAACGGCAAAGCUUUGUGUAGCGGAAAGGAUAUACAGACAGCUGAAUGUCGUGGGGAAUACUGUCAAAUAGGCAAAGAUGAUUUCGAUUGGACUCUUUACUUGGGUUUGGCUUUUGUCACGGCAGUCUUCUUUGCCUUUGGCGCUGCCUUGAUUUGUUGUGCCCGCAAGGGUAUACGAGUCAAUCAGCACUAUAAUAUGACCAGAACGGUUAUGGAUCCUAAAUAUUUACCUGAUAUUAGCAAAAAGGAUAUGCGCAUGCAUAUCGAAACAGCCAACGAUAAUUAUGAUUAUGCCAGUCCUGGCCAUCGCUUUUUGCCUCCCAGUCAUCAUGGCGGUUGUUCCAUAUCAGAACAUCAUUAUGAUGUGCCAAAUUUGUCGGCCAAUUAUGUGAAUCCCAUCGAUGAUCUAAGUGUGGAUUAUUUGACUGAUACUCCAGAUACUUCAACAGUGGAUACCUCCAACUCAACUUACGAAGUUAAUGCAAAAAUUGGAGGUGCCUCAGCUGCCUCGAAAUGUUCCACCUACGAUCAACUGAACUGCAGUGGUGGCUCGCUCAAUCUCUAUCAGGGUGAGAUAAUGCUUUACAUUCCUGAACACUCCAUAGGAAAGAGUAUGCGCAAACAUGUUGCCCUCAUGCUGGUCAGCGAUGAAACCUCACGUGUGUCCAUACCCAAUUCGGAUGCCCUACUAGUCUGCAGCACCAUAGUGCAUUGCUCGCCACGCAAUUAUAGCUUCCUUAAGCCGGUGAUACUCAAGAUACCCCAUUGUCUGGUGGACACUCAAUUAUGGAAUGUGUUCAUCUACUAUGCCGACAAUGACCACGAUGACCUUAAUGUCAAUUGGCGUCGCAUCAUAGCCGUGGGCGAGGAGACCAUAAACACACCGGUCUUUGUGCAAUUGGAGGCCGAACAUGUUUACAUAAUGACCGAACAAUUGGGUCGUUUUGUGGUGGUGGCUGAGCCCAAAUUGCUUACAGCCUCCAUGCAAAAUUCUUUGAAAAUGCGUCUCAUAGCGUUUAGUCAAUUCACACCAUCCAGCACCAAUUGCUCGCUGAGAAUUUACAUCGUUAAGGAUUUCCCCAAUAGUCGGGAUAUUUGCUCCAGCAUUGAAUCCAAACUAGGGGGCUCCUUUAUGGGCGAGAGUGAGGCCUUUGCCUUCUAUUUGAAUUGCAGCAACAUGAACAUACGACUGCGUAGCUCCGAUGCCGAUAUGUGGGACACCGAACACGAGGUGGAAUUGCAUGAACAGAUUAUACCCUACAAUCACAUAUUGUCCAACAACUCGGUGCUGCACUGCGAAUUCAUCAUCAAACGUAACGAACAAUUGUACACCUCGAACGAACUAACUGUCGAUUUUGCUCAAUGCAGUGAUAACCAUCACCUCUACUCUGAAGUGCAUUCCUUUAGUAUAAGCAGACCGCAGCAGCAGCAGCAGCAACACCAGACUUCAAACUCCUCCCAGCACACCAACUCACAUCACUCGCCACACUCCUCGCUAGAGCGCCAGAGCACGGUGACCAUGGAUCCUCAUGGCAAUUAUGUGAAUGAGGCCACGCUACCCUUGACCACGGUGCAUUUGCCACGUGAUACCAAACGGCGAAUAUGUGCUGCUUUGGACCCGCCGCGCGAAGAUGAACGUGAUUGGCGUCUAUUGGCCAAAAAGCUCAAUACAGACCGUUACAUAGCUUAUUUUGCUACCAAACCCUCGCCCACCGAGCAAAUUCUUAAUUUGUGGGAAUGUCGAGCAUCGCAAAACUCACAUGCCUCCCAUACCAUUGUGGAGUUGCUGAUGGUGCUAAAGGAUAUGGAAAGGCAAGAUGUUUUGGACAUCAUAACCGAGACAAUUGGCUCUUUGUGGAUAUAAGCGAAGGCGAGCGGAAAAGCCAAGCCAAGCCAUGUCGA